CCUCCUGGAACAGCGAACGGUAGCCCGUAAGGAUCAUUCCAAGGCCAGUGCAUUCGCCGCGUGAAUUGUUUCCUUGAGGGGGUGGGGGGGGUCUACGCCGCUUGAGCUCAAGCGGGCGAGGCGACAGUGCGGCGCCAGUCCUCGGCCCCGCGCCCUUCUUUCUCAGUUGUUGGGCUGCGUGACUCUCCUCCCGUCGGCGCCGAAGGGAGCCUGGUUCUGGGCGGGCGGAGAGGUGGGCUUGCUGGCGGGGCUGGCGGGGCGCGCCGGGGAGGGUACGGACCCCGGAGGUCGCUGACUUUCCGCGAGCCUCGGGCUCCUCUUCUGCAAGACAGAGCAGCACUCCUUGUCCUGCCUGGUGAUUUUGCCCUCGUGCAUUAUUUGUAUAGCACUUUGGUUCGAACAGCAACCUCGUAAAAUGGGCACCGCUCCCCUGUUUUACCGAUGGGGAAACAGGCUCGAGAGAAUAAAUGUGUCUGAAGUGACAGACCGUGUGAGAGCCAUAAUUCUAACUCCGGCUUUCUGAGACCAAGCUGCCACUCCAGCAGUGGAGCAAAUUACAUGGUCUUGAGCCCACUAGGAAUGGCAGCCCCAUCUAUGAAAGAAAGGCAGGCUUGCUGGGGAGCCCGGGAUGAGUACUGGAAGUGUUUAGAUGAAAACACAGAGGACGCUUCUCAGUGCAAGAAGUUAAGAAGCUCAUUUGAAUCAAGUUGUCCCCAACAGUGGAUAAAAUAUUUUGAUAAAAGAAGAGACUACUUAAAAUUCAAAGAAAAAUUUGAAGCAGGAGAGUUCCAGCCUCCGAAAACGGCCGCAAAGUCCUAGGCUGUUCCUGAACAUUUCAGAAAGGUUGAAAUUAUUUUUUCUGGACAUUCAGAAAUGCUCUGUGGGACAACAGUAGUUUGAAUGAUGGCAAACACCAAUGCUUGUUCCAUAUAUACAACUCUUAAUUUAAAUGGUCAAGUAACAAGAUUCCAUUUUUCAAAAGACAGACUUGAAAUAAAACGGUAUGAAAUAUGCUUAAUUGAAUAAAAACCACAUAUUUUAAGGAAAAAACAAAUUUAAAGCUUAUUAU